AUGUCUCGAAAAGCCGUUGAGGAUGUCAUGAGAAUUGAGGUAGAGAUUAUGGACGCCACCAGAGGCGUUUCAAAUGCUCGACCUUCAUCCUCUCAUCACUCUACUAAAAACACCAACAACAAUACGAACAACAACAAUAAUCAACCUACAACAACAAGCUCUUCAAAUCAACAAGCACAACAACAAACCGUUAAUAAUAUUAAUAAUAAUACUAACAAACCUAAGGUUGUUCCUCCAAGGCUUGAUCUGCAGCAACCUAGUAUUACAAAUCAUCCGAUUAAUAGCAAAUUUAAUCAGAAAUCACCUGUUCGUUCCUCACGAUCCUACACAAACUCUAAUGAAAUAUAUCCACCAAUUGCUUCUAAUGUAGAUAUUGUAACAAAAAAGUAUACAUAUAAUAGAAAUACUAGUUCUACAUCACUUUUUGAUAAAACACAAGCUCAAUCAGCUCGUUUAAAAACUAAGGACACAUUCAAGUCACCAAGAUCAACGUAUCAACAACAAUCAUCAAGACAACAAACAACCCAAAAAACUUCUCCUUUGAAAUCUAGGUCCCCUCCAAAGGAAAGAAAACAAUCAUCUAGUAUUGUAUACUCACCACCAAAAUCCAGAGAUUCUUCAAGAUCUCGGCCUCAUUCAAGUCCUCCAGGAAGAAGAUCAACAACUCCUAAACCAGUUAGAGAUCAUCCAAGCCAUAUAAUCAAUACAAAUGUUCCUCUUUUCACACCUGGACCAGGAGCAUAUGAGGUUGAUAAAUCAAGCAAAUACCUAAGACCAUCCACUGCUAUCUCAAUGUCCAGAAAUUCAAGAUUCAAGGAAACCAAAUUUGAAACACCUAGUCCUCAUACCUAUAAUCCAGAAAAACCUUUGAAGAGGAUGCCUUCUCCAAGAUUUGGGUCGAGUAAGCGACCUGAUUCUGCCAAGUCUGUCUCACCAGGCCCAAUUUAUGAUGUUAAUGAUAAUGCUCUCUCUAAAGUCAAAAACACACCUAGGUUCUCAUUCCCAUUAUCUCCAAGAGAUUUGGAUGUAGAAAAUAGAACACCAUCUCCAGGGACUUACUCACCGAAUUAUUCGGCAACAAUGAGAAAGUCUGUAACUGUUGUCUUUCCAAAAUCUCCAAAACAAGAAAGGACAAAAUCAACAACACCUGGACCUGGAAUUUAUGAUGUGCCAAGUGGGAACAAACAAAAGAAAGAACCAGCUUUUUCAUUUGCAAAAUCUGAAAGACAUUCUGACAAAAAGUCGGUGGUUGAUAACCAAUAUGAUGUUGCUUGGUCGUCGUUUUCACCCAAAGGCGUUUCAAAGUUUGGAUCAACAAAACGUUUUUCAUCACAGAAAAAGAAUGAUGUUCCUUUCCACCAAAGUCAGACAGAAUGGAAAAAGACUCAGGCGGGUAAGUUUGGUAAGGACAGAAGGGCAUUAAAUGAUAUUAACUCAUCAAAAUUAACUCCUGGGCCAGGAUAUUAUCAACCUAAUUAUACAGUAACUCUUCCUUCAUCCUCUAAACCAGUGCUGUAUCUGACAGGAUAA